GCUCUCUGCGGGCGGGAGGCGCCUCUCCGGCGACCGGUCCCGGAAAAAACCACCACGCUGCUUGGUUUAGAGGAAGAAAAACCCCAGAAAAAGAUUAAAUUUUAAAAGGGGUGGGAAAAAGAAAAAAAAAAAAAAAGCCGGACAGACGCCUCUGCCGCGGGAGGUCCCGGAGCUGCGAACGAACGAGUGAGUGCGCGGCCCGCUGCGAACGGCUUUAUUUCCAUAUGAUGUGAGCAGUAACAUAUAUCAAUAAUCACAUUCCAGCGAUUGAUUUCCAGCAUGUUCUGAACUCAUCAAGUGUCAAGACACUAGCUUGUUCCAACCAAACAUUGAAGCCAUAAGGAAUGUUUAAAAUAAAAAUCAAUAACAGAAUGCGGUGUUGCCCCGUCUGCAAGCUUCCUGGGAGAGUCAUGGGGAUCCGGGUACUACGUUUCUCUCUGGUGGUCAUCCUUGUGUUACUGCUCGUGGCUGGAGCUCUGACCAACCUACUUCCAAAUAUCAAAGAAGACAAGAUCCUCACCCUGCGUCGGGAGAUGAAACCCCAGGGCAAGCCCCCCCUGGAUUCCUUUACUCUCAUUAUGCAGACGUACAACAGAACGGAUCUCUUGUUAAGACUUCUAAAUCAUUAUCAGGCAGUCCCUCACCUCCACAAAGUGAUCGUGGUGUGGAACAAUGUUGGAGAGAAAGGGCCAGAUGAGUUGUGGAACUCUCUCGGGCCACACCCUGUCCCUGUGAUCUUCAAACCGCAAACCACAAACAGAAUGAGAAAUCGAUUACAGGUCUUCCCAGAACUGGAAACCAAAGCGGUGUUAAUGGUGGAUGACGAUACACUCAUUAGUGCCCAGGAUCUUGUUUUUGCUUUCUCAGUGUGGCAGCAAUUCCCUGACCAAAUUGUAGGAUUUGUGCCUCGAAAGCAUGUCUCCACGUCCUCAGGUAUCUAUAAUUACGGCGGAUUUGAACUACAAGCACCAGGGUUGGUAAAUGGAGACCAGUACUCUAUGGUGCUGAUUGGAGCCUCAUUCUUCAGUAGCAAAUAUCUGGAACUCUUCCAGAGACAGCCUGCAGCCCUCCAUGCUCUGAUAGAUGAAACUCAGAAUUGUGAUGAUAUCGCCAUGAAUUUCAUCAUCACCAAGCACAUUGGAAAGACUUCAGGGGUAUUUGUGAAGCCUGUAAAUAUAAUUAAUCUGGAAAAGGAAACCAAUGGCUAUUCAGGCAUGUGGCAUCGAGCUGAGCACUUUCUGCAGAGGUCUUACUGCUUAAAUAAGCUUGUUAAUAUCUAUGAUGGCAUGCCCCUAAAAUACUCCAACAUUAUGAUAUCUCAGUUUGGUUUUCCAUAUGCCAAUCACAAAAGUAAAAUGUGAAAGGGAAGCAGAGGAAAAACUUGGCACUACUAUCUUUAGAUCUCAGCCUCCUGAGUAGCUAGGAUUAUAGCCGUGAGCCACCAGCAUCCAGCCAGUUGAUUGUUUUCAUGAGAAGCCUGAAAUGCCUCUUGAGCAAAAGCCCGAAGUGCAGGGAAAAGCCAUUAAAGAACAUUUUAAUCCCAUGUGAAAAGGAACUUUUGUCGUUCCCCUUGCUUCCCCCAUGGCCCUUCUGACUGUGGUUUUGAUAUAGUCAUCAGUGCUUUGAUGUUCGUUGACUAGCCUGCUGGGAUUGAGAGGGUAAGUGUCAUAGAGCAACAGUGUCUAGUUGUUUGCUUGCAUUUUGUCAGCAUUAAUUGCAUGAAUCACUCCAAAAUGCAGUUUCUUAUAUGCAUCAGUGGGCAGCUGGGAGAAAACUGUUAUUGCAUUUUGUUACUGAGUUUGACCUUGCUAAUGUCUAUCAAUUCCUUAUGUUUUACAUAAAGUCUGUGUUUUAUAAACAUGUAUAAAAUAACUUCUGAAAGAAUGACUUAAGUAAAAGCUCACA